CAAGCAAGAUGUGGAAGUUUGUGGUUGCCUGUUUGUCAGUUAACUACCGGGUAGUCUUAAAAGAAAAUGGCAGCUAGACCCACAAAGCCAUUAGAUCAAUAUAGAGUAGUUGUGAUUGGUGAAGAAGGAGUGGGAAGGAGAAGUAUCAUAUCCAAAUAUACCGAUGACGAUAAGCCAUUUACUGAUUCUAAAUUUAAGAAAAAGAUUGUUGAGCUCGAUUCUGAAACCAUUGAGAUAGAGAUAUCAUAUGAAAAUGUUCAUGAGAAAAAGAGGCAAUAUGCUGGAUGGGGCAUCAUGCUGAUCUAUGAUGUCACUAAUAAUAAAUCAUUUGAUGCAAUUAAGAAUUUAGAUAGGCUGUUGUUUAGAAGAUUUGCUACAAAAAGAUUGCUGGUAGGUAACAAGGUAGACCUGAAGCGACAGAGAGUAGUCCCUAAGGAUAAAGGAGAGCAACUGGGUCAGGAGAGGAACAUCCCAUUUUUAGAGACAUCAGCUGUUACAGGCACUAACAUUGAUAUAGCUUUUGAAACCAUUGUCAGAAAUAUUAAGAAGUAUGAUUUUGAUGAAGCUGUAAGUGACUGUAAAUUAAUUAACUGAAAUUAAUGUUCAACGUUUCCUUAUUUACCUGUAUACUUUCUUCUUUUAUUG